AUGGACAAUGGAGAAACAUUUGGCAACGCCUCAAAUUCACCGGAUGAAUUAGACCCAGAAAAUAAGGAAUCGCUUGAAUAUGAGCAUGGGAAGGAAAUUCAAGGAGCAGCGGAACUGUGCAUUCGGCCAUCACUCGUGGCAGCAAUGAAAUCUGAAACUAAUCUCAACAUUCAAUAUAAGGAGAUGGUGGCCGACCAGAUUGCCAAGAAUUCGAAAGAAAAGGUCGAAGAACCACCGAAGCCGACCAAUCCAGCGCCCCAGGGAAGAGCAAAAGCGAAAAGUCCUGCAAGAGCAAAAAGCCCAUCUCGUUCCCGUUCAUCUAGCACAUCCAAGCAGAUUCGUGGUGCUGCCGGAAAGGUUAAUUCAAGUGAAGAGGUCACCACUGCAGAUGACUCCCUGGAACUCUCAUACAUGAGUGAAGAGAUCUCAGAUAUUUACUGUAACUACUCGUAUUCGAGUAGCAGUCUUGCGACUGCUAACGAUCCCACCAUCCUCUAUCCAACCGCAGCCACGUGCAGUUUUAGUGCGGAUCCAUCCGAAUGGGAUUCAGCUUCCAUCCGCACGGCCAACGACGGAUGGCUUGCGAACGGUUUGAAUAAAUCCCGUCGUGUGAACUCGGUUUCCACCGGUAUUUGGCUCUCGAACUGCUCUGAGCCACCCAGCAGCAUCUGUUCCGCACACAGCUUCUCAUCGGUUGACGUCAUGACGGCCGAUCUCUACACUGGAGACAUGGAAACCGCAGAGGCUGCCGAAUCUGAAAUCGAAGCUGCAAAUCGGGUCUUCGAUAUCAUACUCAGCGCCAAGUGUGCAAACGUCCAACCAGCACGUGGAGACAGAACGAGUUCCGAUGAGGGUUCAGUCAUAUUAAGGACAGCGACUUCAAGUUCACGUGAAAUCUCGACGUCUGCAUUGAAGACGAAAACAAAAUUGACGUGGUUACCAUUAUUUGACGCGGAUGAUACUCGAACAGCUAUAGAAGGACCAAUUCAAUUGCGCACGGCUUGGGAAAGGACGAUCACUGACAGCACGGCAUAUCCACUGUCAGAGGAUUGCUUGACUGGAGAGGAACGCAGCGAAAGCUUCAUCUCGGCAACCAGCACAUCAGGAUGUGGCGCACGAUAUUGUUCGUUUAUGGGCAGUGAUGUAGGGGAAAUGCGUGAGAUUGAGUGA